AGCCGCCGCCGCAGAAAAAAUCGUUCCACUUUGUUGUCUGGUCAUUAUUUCUUUGUUUUCUCCGUAUUUUUUUCUUUUCGUGAGUUUUGAUACUUCUCAAAUGUUUUACAAGCUAUUGGAAUACCUGCUUGGACUUUUCGGCUAAAGAAAUUCGAACUCACAAUGGACACUGCUAAUGGACAACAAAAACAACACCUUGCCCUGCGAGUGGCAUUGGACACCAUGAAAGAUCGAUGUUUUCUCCAGCAAAAACUCUUGAAAGAGGUAGAAGAAGAGAAUCAAAAGCUACGUGAACGUCUGGCACAAAAUACCAACAGCAGCGCCACAAGUAUUCCAAAUACAGGCGGUGGAGUUGCUGAAACAUUUCAACUACGCCUGCAAGUAUCCGAACUACAACGUCACAAUGGUCAGUUGCAAGCCCACAUCGAUAUGGUGUCUUCGGAAAAUCGUAAACUUUGGUCGAGACUUUCACAAAUCGCCAAAGAGAGUGAGGCAUCAGAUAAUGCAGCAGCAACAGCGUCAGCAAACGAGGGAAGCCCCCGCUGCGGUAGCGGUGUAUCGAAUCAAAAUCUAAUACGAUCAAAAACAUUCACAUUGAAAAGUGUCAAUUCACCAAAUCCUAAUAUACGUCAUAAGACAGCCACUGUGGAGAGCUGUGAAUCAGAUAUGCGUGAUAUCAGUUUGGAGGAAGGUGAAGCCUUGGAGGUGUACAGUGAUGGUGAUAAGGCACGGCCAAAUGAUGCAACAAUGUCGGAAGUUACCAUGGGUUUUGGCUAUCUAAAUGAUGAUAGCUCAAAUGCGACACAGGACCAAGACUUCAAUGCCGAAACUCAAAAGUGCAUUGAUAAUUUGGCUGUAAUACGUCGCGAGGCAAUGAAACAGCAAAAAGAAUUAAAUUCAGUGUUUGCGCUGUUAGAGAGUCGAAUUGCUCUCCAUCCCUGCCCCGAAUGUGCAAAGAAAAGCAAUAAACCUGAAAUGGCCGAUAAAAGUUUGGAAACAGAUGAAAGCUUAAAUACCGAUUCUAAAUAUACAAAUCACAACAAUCAUUCGUAUUCCUACAAUGAAUCAUCCAAAGGAGUCAAUGUCCCGAUCACACCAGUUAUUCUUCAGAAACAACCGCCACAGCAGCAUGAAGAAGCUUUGCCACCCACAAACCAUUUGAAUAUACUGCAAGAAAAAAUCAUGGCAGAUGAAGCCAACAAAAUUUGUCCAAUGUGUGGUAAACUAUAUGACAGUACCAUACCCUUCGAGUCGUUUUGCGAACAUGUCGAGGAACAUUUUCGCGAUGAAAGUUUGGAUUUGGUGCACAGUAUGGAGAAUAAUUUUGAAUUUAUAUCGCAUACCGUUGGAGAUUUCUGACCCAAACGGAAUCGCAUAUAUUUUUCAUCUGAUCUAUAGACUGUGUAGACAUAAUGCAACAAAACAAAAGAAGCGAAUGCCAGGUGUUAUGAAAGUGAUUUUAUAUGUGACAAAUUUUGUUUGGAACUCAAAAAAAGAAAUGAGAUGUGGGUGUGUGAGAAGGAAGAAUUUAUUUUAUAUAUUGGAAUUUCAUUAAAGCAUAACUUGGACUGAUGAAUACUAAACACUUUGUUAUAUAAAAUAUAAACUUUUUGUUGUCUGAUCUGAUCGAUGAAGAAAAAAAUUAAAUGAAAUCAUCGACAAAAAUUGUGCUAAUCAAUUUAUAGAAACUACUGAAAGUAUAUACAAAUCGAUACAUUCGUACACAAAACAUGUUAUCUAAUCUGCCUUUGGUUUCUAUCCAAUGUUAUAUGUACUUUUAUUGAAUACAAAAAAAUACUACAUUUAUUCUCUAUAUAUAUACAUUUUUUUCCCUAUAAUUAUCUAAUAUUAUUAUAUGAAUAUUGUUAGGUUUAUGUUUAUGCUGGAAUAAAACAACUGAUUGCAAAACCUUGAAGGAAGGAUAAAAUUAGAAGAAGAA